AUGGAUUCAUUAAUUUGUGUAAAGUGUAAUAUGACUUUCAGAUCCAUGUAUUUUCUGAUGAAACACAAGGAGAUGUUUUGUAUUGGAGCAGUUUCUCAACAAAAGAGUCAGAAGAUAAGAGAAAAGAUCAGAAGGCAUCAGCUACACCGACAUUUGCCCGAAAUUCAGGCAUUUCAGACCGUGCAGUUAUCUCAUCACGAUCCUAAACCUGAACCUUACAACAAACCAACAGAUCCCGCAGACAGAUCAGAAGUUCACCUUAGUCAAGACCUGGCUGAAGUUCAUGAAUGCAAUGCAGUACUAUCUGAUGGACCCAAACAACUGGACAUGCAAAGACAAGAGUUUGAUUACAAGCUGCAAGAGUUAGCUGCUCAAAAUGGGAAAGUGGCUGAACUCAAAGGAAUGCUGUUAGAGCUGAAAGAACAGGAGCAGAGAAACACGACGUUACUGAAAACUCUAAUGGAUCAUCUGCAGCAGCAUGGGCAGGACAUUCAUUCAAGUCAUGACCCACACCAUCACAUAGCUCAAAGUGAGGAGAGAGUAAUAGAAAAAUACAUCCCUGUUUAUAGCUGUGGAGUGCUUUCUACAGAAAUCAGUACCCUUCAUCUCUCCUAUCUCCAGAGUGGAGGAAAUGAUCCUCAAAUCCUGGCUCACCUGCAGCAUUUGUUAGACGUGGCUAUUAAAUUAGAAAUGCAGGCUGGGGAAAAAACUCUGCUCAAGACUAAACAUAAUAAGUGUUUGUGCUGUUAUGCAGGUCAAAGGGACAAAUAUUUGAGCAGAGAACUUGUGUCUGUAGAGCUGGAAAAUCAGCACUUGGAAGAGGAAUUGAUGAAAAUGGAGUUAAGAAAGAGAACGUCAAGAACAACUUCAAACUUUCGACCUGCUGAGCAGGAGAUGAGAGCUGCGAAGAUGAACAUUGAGCUGUUAAACAACGAAAUUGAGAUUAAUCAUCUGAGAAAGCAAAUUAUGAGUAGAAAAAUGACACCGUCUUUAGUGACCUUUCCCCCUCUGGAAGAACCCAGAUCACCAACUUUAACCAAACACCUCAUGAAUCAAUCAGAUGGAUUGUAUCCCAGUCCCUAUGACCCAAUGACAGGUUUUGUGGUGUUUUAUGAUUUCAUCUUGGGAUUGUGCAAGUCAUACAGAGUUUGUCGGCUGAUGGUGGGGAUCUACAGUGGGGAUGUAUGUUUGGGAAGCCCUUCCAUAUUACCCCCAGUUUACUGUGAUCCUGUCAGCUCUCCUCAGCACAAUGCAGAAGGAAAGGCUAUCCUAGCCAGUAAGCAGGCAGUACCAGGGGUCCAGCCUGCUACGUCAAUCUCUCUAGUGAUGCAGCUGCAGGCAUCAGGAGGUUAUGAUAUCUACGGAUAUGAAGUGACGCACUUAGCACCACGAGGCUGGAUGAAACUCCAUCUCUUUGACCAUCACGAUCGUUUGAUCACUGGGAGAUGGAAAGUACCCAUCCGUCUGCUUCCAGCCAAACCAUCAAUGACAACGGCAGAAGUCAAUUUUGUUCCCCAGUUGGACAAUGCAGAACUAUACCUAAGAAUCGUUAACACAAGAUUUGCUGAGAUUCAGAGCUCUGUUCCAAUUAGCAUCAACAAUGCUGGGAUCUACCAAUUCCCUCCUGUGCAAACUCCUAGACACCCAUUAGGCGUACAGGAGUCUCAUGAAUCCAUCAAAUCUCCAGAUGAUCAGCGUGAACGGGUCCAUGAUUCAACCUUCAGUCAACACCUUGUAAACACUGCUUCAUAACCUGAAGUGACUUUAAAUGAACUUUUGUAAGCUGAAAAACCAUUCUAAUGUGAAAUGUGCAACACUUU